AUGCUUCGUCGAAUCAUAACAACCCAUGAUCCUAAAAGCGGCCGAGCUACCUUUAGCGACGCCAUUAGUGAACAGGUAUCAUUCACUGGAUUCCCUGUUCCACCGGGCAAGCCACCGGCGACAGACUAUGCUCUGGCCUACAAUACAAAUGCAUUCCCUGUGCAAGGGCUCUCCCCUCCAAGUUCUACAACCCCGGAGUCCAAAGCCAAUCUCGAUAUUAAGCACUAUCAGUCCCAGCUCUCACAGCCAAUGCCUCUGAAUCCGCCCAACGGCACAUCCUGCAUCAUUAUCGAGGUGCCACCGGGUUCAGCGGUUCCGAUGCACCGAACCACAACUCUCGACUAUACUGUUAUAAUAGACGGCACUACAGAACUAGUCCUUGAUUCCGGAGAGAAAAAAAUAUUGAAAAGGGGUGAUGUAAUUGUUCAGCGAGGCACAGCUCACUCUUGGCGAAAUUUGACUGAAAAGAAUGACAAUUCUGGUGUUUUGCGUAUCUUCUUUGUGUUUCUGCCUAUCGAAAAGGUGCAAAUGGAAGGUGGAAAGGUCAUUGAUCAGGACUUGACGCUGUCUCUGCAUGACGCUUAA